GUUAUCUGUGCUUUGCACUUUGUUGUUUGUUUUCGCAUUACAUCUAGGAUUUUCACAUUUGUAAUUUUAUGUAGUUUAAAAACCGUUGAACCAGUAAAAUUAUCAUAUACAAUAUACUUUAAAAUGGAUGUUAUCAUUCAAGUGAACAAUCAGUCUAAUGGAAGAGAUAAACUAGCUAGAUUGUUUCAGUACACAAGCAGACUAGUAUGGCAUCAAUUAGAGAGGAGAAAUGCGAACAAAUAUUCCGUGGAUCGGAUCAAGAAUUUGGAAUUAACGCUUAGUUCUUUCAGAAAAAUACUCCGUAUGGGAAGAUGUGUAGACAUAUGCUAUACAGCAUUGAACACAACACUCAUAGAGGACCCAGUAUUACGAAUCACAUUAACAACAAGCAAAUUGGCACAUGCAUUAUAUCUUUAUGCUGACCAUAUAGUCUGGCUAACAAAGAGUGGCUUCUUGAAAACAGAUUCAGAUAGUUGGAAUCGUACUGCUAAUAGAUUCUGGCUUUUUUCCAUUAUUGCCAAUUUAGCAAGAGAUUUCUAUGAAAUCUACCAUAUUUUAGAAGCAAAUAGAACAUCAUUUCUUAGACCAUCAGAAUUGUUGAAUAGUUCAAUGAGAUUUGAAUAUAAUGAAAGUAUCAAACAUUUGUUGAUACUCCUGAAUUGUCAUAAAGAUGUAUUCAUUGACACAUUGAAAAACUCUUGUGAUUUGUUCAUUCCAUUGACUGCUUUAGGGUUUACUAAAUUGAGUCCCAGUGCAGUAGGUACAUUAGGUGCAUUGUCAUCAUUAGCUGCCUUGGUGACAAUUGUAAAGCCGAUUACAAAAUUGGUUCCCGCUUGAGAUUGUUAAUUUUCUUAACUUGUUGCUGUAUUUAAUUUUUAUAAGGUGCAGGGUUUUUCGAAAUUGUGAUAUAAUUCGUAAACAUUUUUUUAUACAAGUACACUCAAUUUGCUUUAGUGAAGAUGGGACAGAAAGUGUGGUAACAACAGGAUAUUCUGUGUCAACAUUCAGUUUAAUCUGUAUUUGAUAAAAGGUUACAAAUGUUAUAUAGCUUUAUUAUUAUUACAAUUGUUAUUGUAAGUGGCAUGAUAGUAUAAUCAGAUUUUUAUAGUUAUUUUGAAAUGAAUGGUUUUUUAUUCGUGAUAAUGAAAUCAAGUAUGGUGAACCUAAAACUUUAAUUCAAGAGGUGCACUCCGAUUACAUAAUGAAUUGUGGUUUAGUUAAGUACCUACAGCCUUAUCUUCAGUGUUAGGCUACUAACAGAUGGAAAGCACGUCUACAGUUAAUGCCAGAAGUCGCGAUUGAUUUCAUGCAGUCAAGACUUCGACAAAAGCUUUUUUGUACAGGUUCGGAUCGAGUGGAGACGUGACGUGCUUAUCCUCUCCGUUAAUUCUGUAUUGUGUGUUUGUAUUUUGCUUCAUACAAAAUGUACGAGUGCUGUGUAUGUAAAAGUUCACGACAGGACGCUAUUUUACAUCAUUUUCCUCGCACUGAGAAAAGACUCAUGAAGUGGUUAAAGUAACUAAAUCGUGAUAAUCUGAAAAAGUUAUCACCAGAAGAACUUUCAAACGUUUUUGUAUGUCAAAAACACUUUGAAAAGAGGUUUAUUACGCCGAAAUUACGUCUCAUAGGCAGUGCAUAUCCAUCUUUGUUUACCGAAGACGAGAUUUCCCCUGGAAUACCAUCACAGGACAAUGCCGAAAACAUGGAUAUUGAUUUGGAGCAUAGUUACUUGCGUAAAAGACACUUUGACCACACAUACUUUCAAAGGGAACCACUAAAAGAAGUAAUUGCCUCUAGCUCCAGUGAGUCUCAGAAUGUGCCUGGCCCAUCGCAAAUUCCACCGCCUAAACAGGACUUAGGUAAUGGAAUUUUUUUGUUGGACUCAAGUUAUAAAGGAUAGUUAAGGUUUUAACGUUAAUCCUGUAAUCAUUGAACCAGUGAUGAAUGAAGCAUUUCAAGCCUCUGGCUUGGAUACAGUCAGAAUUGCUAAGGAUCCGAAACCUAUGAGAAGACGUUUAAUCACGAAAGUAAAAGAUUUGUCACCAACAUGCAAAAGUAUUUAUAAAGAAUACAAAAAGUCUAAACAGCAGGCCGAUUUUCAUCGAAGAGCUAAGAGAGCCCUUCAGUUUAAUAAGAAAAUGUCGUUCGAAAAAUUAACAAAUAAAAUCCUUAUGCAAAAAACAACAACA